AGUUUCAUUUCAGAUGUCGGAGCUUCAAGUAUUAAGCCCCUUUUCAUCCCCGGAUGCUGUAUCACCGCAAUUUCGCUUGAUCUAUUGCUGCUUUCCGAGCAGGGGCUGUUCCUUCGAAAAGAAAGUCCAGAAAUGCAAAGUAGGGGUGACAAAUCUCAGACGUUCUGUCUGUUGAAUGUGCUGCGGUGGGAUCACUUGGCUUCAUUAAUCUUUCCAUUCUGGGAUGUCGCACACCACCGAGCAGUCCACGAAUCUCUGCUCAUCCUAGCCCUAUAA